AUGGCCCUCACACUAGCCAGGGUCACUAUGGCCCUCACACUAGCCAGGGUCACUAUGGCCCUCACACUAGCCAGGGUCACUAUGGCCCUAAAACUAGCCAGGGUCACUAUGGCCCUCACGCUAGCCAGGGUCACUAUGGCCCUCACGCUAGCCAGGGUCACUAUGGCCCUCACGCUAGCCAGGGUCACUAUGGCCCUCACGCUAGCCAGGGUCACUAUGGCCCUCACGCUAGCCAGGGUCACUAUGGCCCUCACGCUAGCCAGGGUCACUAUGGCCCUCACACUACCCAGGAUCACUAUGGCCCUCACGCUAGCCAGGGUCACUAUGGCCCUCACACUAGCCAGGGUCACUAUGGCCCUCACGCUAGCCAGGGUCACUAUGGCCCUCACGCUAGCCAGGGUCACUAUGGCCCUCACGCUAGCCAGGGUCACUAUGGCCCUCACACUACCCAGGAUCACUAUGGCCCUCACGCUAGCCAGGGUCACUAUGGCCCUCACGCUAGCCAGGGUCACUAUGGCCCUCACGCUAGCCAGGGUCACUAUGGCCCUCACACUACCCAGGAUCACUAUGGCCCUCACGCUAGCCAGGGUCACUAUGGCCCUCACGCUAGCCAGGGUCACUAUGGCCCUCACGCUAGCCAGGGUCACUAUGGCCCUCACGCUAGCCAGGGUCACUAUGGCCCUCACACUACCCAGGAUCACUAUGGCCCUCACGCUAGCCAGGGUCACUAUGGCCCUCACGCUAGCCAGGGUCACUAUGGCCCUCACGCUAGCCAGGGUCACUAUGGCCCUCACGCUAGCCAGGGUCACUAUGGCCCUCACGCUAGCCAGGGUCACUAUGGCCCUCACGCUAGCCAGGGUCACUAUGGCCCUCACACUAGCCAGCGUCACUAUGGCCCUCACGCUAGCCAGGGUCACUAUGGCCCUCACGCUAGCCAGGGUCACUAUGGCCCUCACACUAGCCAGGGUCACUAUGGCCCUCACACUACCCAGGAUCACUAUGGCCCUCACGCUAGCCAGGGUCACUAUGGCCCUCACACUAGCCAGGGUCACUAUGGCCCUCACGCUAGCCAGGGCCACUAUGGCCCUCACACUAGCCAGGGUCACUAUGGCCCUCACACUAGCCAGGGUCACUAUGGCCCUCACGCUAGCCAGGGCCACUAUGGCCCUCACACUAGCCAGGGUCACUAUGGCCCUCACACUAGCCAGGGUCACUAUGGCCCUCACACUAGCCAGGGUCACUAUGGCCCUCACACUAGCCAGGGUCACUAUGGCCCUCACACUAGCCAGGGUCACUAUGGCCCUCACACUAGCCAGGGUCACUAUGGCCCUCACACUAGCCAGGGUCACUAUGGCCCUCACACUAGCCAGCGCCACUAUGGCCCUCACAUUAGCCAGCGCCACUAUGGCCCUCACACUAGCCAGGGUCACUAUGGCCCUCACACUAGCCAGCGCCACUAUGGCCCUCACACUAGCCAGCGCCACUAUGGCCCUCACACUAGCCAGGGUCACUAUGGCCCUCACACUAGCCAGGGCCACUAUGGCCCUCACACUAGCCAGCGCCACUAUGGCCCUCACACUAGCCAGGGUCACUAUGGCCCUCACACUAGCCAGCGUCACUAUGGCCCUCACACUAGCCAGCGCCACUAUGGCCAUCACACUAGCCAGCGCCACUAUGGCCCUCACACUAGCCAGCGCCACUAUGGCCCUCACACUAGCCAGCGCCACUAUGGCCAUCACACUAGCCAGCGCCACUAUGGCCAUCACACUAGCCAGCGCCACUAUGGCCAUCACACUAGCCAGCGCCACUAUGGCCCUCACAUUAGCCAGCGCCACUAUGGCCCUCACACUAGCCAGGGUCACUAUGGCCCUCACACUAGCCAGGGUCACUAUCACACUAGCCAGCGCCACUAUGGCCCUCACACUAGCCAGCGCCACUAUGGCCAUCACACUAGCCAGCGCCACUAUGGCCCUCACACUAGCCAGCGCCACUAUGGCCCUCACACUAGCCAGGGUCACGGUUGACGGACACUAUCCGCCGCUGACCAGGUCUUCAGCGCGUCACUAUGGCCCUCACGCUAUAGCUGCAGUUAUGGAGACGUCAUCAAGCGCUCCCCCUCCUUAG